CAACGGGCCUGGCACGGCAGGGCUGCGCCUCCUCCUCCCUCCCUGCGCCCGCUCCUCCCCGCUUCCGUCCGUCCGUCCGUCUGUCCGUGAGGGUCGUUAUCCCCGCCGGCCCGCCCGCUCCCCGAACCAUCCUCCCGGCCGGGGCUGUGCGUGCAUGGGAGUGAGGGGGGGGGAGGUUCUUUAUUGGCCUCGUCCUCCCUCUCUCCCUCCCUCCCCCCUUCUUCCACACUCCACCCAGAAAUGAUCCAGUGAAACUAGGAGGAGGUGAUUCUCCUCCUCCCUCCUGCUGCUGCUCCUGCUGGUCUGGAAGGGACUGCAGGAAUCUGUGCUGUGCUCUGCUCUGAGGCAGGGUCUGGGCAGGGGAGACCGUUCUGUGCGGGGAGGGGGCCGCUGUCACCCGGGGUGCAGCUCUCCCGUGGGGGUUGCUUGGUUCCCGACCAUGGGGAAGGACCAGGAACUGCUGGAAGCCGCUCGCACUGGGAAUGUGGCUCUGGUGGAGAAACUCCUCUCUGGGAGGAAAGGAGGGAUCCUGGGCAGUGGAUCUGGAGCUAUUCCCUUAUCCAGCUUAUUGAGCAUCUGGCGAGGACCAAACAUAAACUGCACUGACAGUUCAGGUUAUACUGCUUUACAUCAUGCAGCUUUAAAUGGACACAAGGAUAUAGUUCUCAAAUUACUUCAGUAUGAAGCAUCAACUAAUGUAGCAGAUAAUAAAGGUUACUUUCCUAUUCACUUGGCUGCUUGGAGAGGAGAUGUAGAUAUUGUGAAGAUUCUCAUCCAUCAUGGACCAUCACACUCCAGAGUGAAUGAACAGAACAAUGAAAAUGAAACAGCACUGCAUUGUGCAGCUCAGUAUGGUCAUUCAGAAGUUGUUGCUGUUCUGCUAGAGGAGCUGACAGACCCCACAAUAAGAAACAACAAACUGGAAACGCCUCUGGAUCUGGCCGCGCUUUAUGGACGUCUGCGUGUUGUAAAAAUGAUCAUCAAAGCGUAUCCAAAUCUGAUGAACUGUAACACAAGAAAACACACUCCUUUGCAUCUUGCUGCUCGGAAUGGCCACAAAGCUGUCGUACAGGUGCUUCUGGAGGCUGGAAUGGAUGUCAGCUGCCAAACAGAAAAAGGGAGUGCCCUACAUGAAGCAGCCCUAUUUGGAAAGGUGGAGGUAGUACGCAUUUUGCUUGAAACAGGAAUUGAUACCAACAUAAAGGACAGUUUGGGUAGAACGGUUUUGGAUAUUCUUAAAGAGCAUCCAUCUCAGCAGUCUCUCCAAAUUGCAGCUCUUCUUCAAGAAUAUAUGGAAACAGGAAAUGCAAGUAUUUCAGAGGAACGCCCGCUGGAGUGUGCAGAACAUCAGUCUUGUGUUUUGUCCCCUGAAGUUCCUUCAUCUCCAAAGGCUAAAAGUGAAGCUGUGACUGGAGAAUUAUCAAAGCUCUUAGAUGAAAUCAAAUUGUGCCAAGAAAAGGAAUACUCUUUUGAAGAUCUGUCUCACACACUAUCAGACCAUUAUCUGGAAAAUUUUAGUAAAGUAUCAGAGGAAGAUCUUAUGACCAGUGGAAGCCAAACCAAGCUUAAUGUAAGGCCUUCUUCAAUGCGUUUGUCAUCAAGGGAGGAAGAAGAUGAUGAUGCAGCUGAAAAUACCUGUGGACCUUCUGGUUUAUGGGAGGCACUGACACCUUGUAAUGGAUGCAGGAACCUUGGAUUUCCCAUGCUUGCACAGGAAUCUUAUUCAAAGAAGAGAGGUUAUGCAUUGGAAGCAAUACCCUCUGUACCUCUGGAUGCAGUUCCUUCAGAAAAUGACAGCAGUCUUUGUGAUUCGAUAGACAUAGCAGUCACCAAAAAGCCUUGUUCCCUAGAGAUAGCAAGAGUUCCUUCCUCAAGACCAGAUAAUGCACCUCAGGUAGCAAUUACUGCACCAGGAUCUGGUAACCAUAGAAACAGCUCUACAGGCCCAACACCUGACUGCUCUCCUCCAUCACCAGAUACUGCACUUAAAAACAUAGUGAAAGUCAUACGUCCUCAGCCAAAGCAACGUACAUCCAUAGUGUCUUCUCUGGAAUUUCACCGAAUGAAUCACAGCCACAAUUAUUUUGAAAUCAACCCAUCCAUUGGCUGUGCAAGUUUUAUUUCCACUCCUGCAAUCAGUCCAGCUAAUUAUUCCUUUGGAUCUCUGGAAUACAGUCUUGAAGAGAAAGAACUUCCAGAGCAGCGUAGCCAAGGUGAAGCAUCCACUGAAAGUGAGCUUCCUGAAGGACACCCUGCUGAGCAGUUUGCAGGUUUACUUCAUGGAUCAUCACCUGCAUGUGACCCACCUGAAAACCCACUCCAGCUGUACAGCAAAGUAAACCUGUGCAGUGGGCCACUGGAGAAAAGCAUUUUGAGCAAGAGCACAGCACAGCAGAUACAGCUACGGAAAGAAAGCAUCUCUGAUCCUCCUGUUAAGAAAAAAAAGCCACCAAUUGUAAACAGAACCAUAUUUCAUACUAAAAACAAGCCAGCAGAAAAUCAUACCCUGGUUGGGGCGCCCAGGAUAAGUGAACAAUGGGUUGUUAGCACUGGGGGAUUUGUGGAGCGAGCGUGCACGCUGGGCAGAAUACGAUCUUUACCAAAGACCUUGCUGGAAAUGCAUUUGUGCAAAAAUGUUUCCAAAUCUGAUUCUAAUCUUAUCACCCAUCCACCAAAUGAUAAAAAAUCAAGAAGCAAUUGGAGUGAACCCACGCCAAAACCACAGUGUUCUAAAGGGAAUUCGGAGAGAACACCUUCCUUCACAUCAGAAUGGGAAGAAAUUGAUAAAAUCAUGAGUUCAAUUGAUGCUGGAAUUAACACUGGACUGGGGGAGAUGAAAGAUCACGCUACAAGACCCCGAUGCCCUGUCCAGACAGUGGGACAAUGGUUGGAAAAUAUUGGGCUACCUCAGUAUGAAAACCACUUGCUGGCUAAUGGAUUUGACAAUGUGCAAUUCAUGGGAAGCAACGUGAUGGAGGACCAGGAUCUCUUGGAAAUAGGAAUCCUUAACUCUGGGCACAGACAGAGAAUACUCCAAGCAAUCCAGCUUCUCCCAAAGAUGAAGCAGAUCGGUCAUGAUGGUUACAACCCCUCCUCUGUAGCUGAAUGGCUGGAUUCCAUUGAACUGGGUGACUAUACCAAAUCCUUUCUAAUUAAUGGCUAUACAUCGAUGGACCUUGUGAAAAAAAUAUGGGAGAUUGAAUUAAUUAAUGUCUUAAAAAUUAGCUUGAUUGGGCACCGGAAGCGUGUUCUGGCAUCUUUGGGAGACAGGCUUCACGAAGAUCCUCCUCAGAAACCACCUCGGUCAAUAACCCUCAGGGAACCCAGUGGUAACCACACUCCUCCUCAGUUGUCUCCAUCACUCAGCCAAAGCACUUUCACUACUGGUGGCUCCCUGGACGUUCCCCACAUUAUCAUGCAGGGCGAUGCAAGGAGAAGAAGAAAUGAAAACUAUUUUGAUGAUAUUCCCCGCUCAAAGCUGGAGAGGCAGAUGGCACAGUCUUCGGUCUGUGAGAUCUGGACCAACCAGAAUGCAGGAUAUCCUUUCUCCUCGAUCCAUCAGGUCCAUAAUACAGGAGACUGGGGAGAGCCUUCAAUUACCUUGAGACCUCCAAAUGAAGCCACAGCAUCAACGCCUGUACAGUAUUGGCAGCAUCACCCAGAGAAACUCAUCUUCCAGUCAUGUGAUUAUAAAGCAUUUUAUUUAGGUUCCAUGCUGGUAAAAGAAUUAAGAGGCACAGAGUCAACACAGGAUGCAUGUGCAAAGAUGAGGAAGUCUACAGAACAGAUGAAGAAAGUACCAACCAUUGUCUUGUCUGUCUCCUACAAGGGAGUCAAAUUUAUUGAUGCCACAAAUAAGAACAUUAUCGCGGAACAUGAAAUCCGCAACAUUUCCUGCGCGGCGCAAGACCCCGAGGACCUUUCCACGUUUGCCUACAUCACUAAGGACUUGAAGACUAAUCACCACUACUGCCACGUGUUCACUGCAUUUGAUGUGAAUUUAGCUUACGAAAUCAUUCUUACACUAGGACAAGCAUUUGAGGUGGCCUAUCAGCUUGCACUACAAGCACGAAAAGGGGGUCAUUCUUCAACCCUCCCUGAAAGCUUUGAAAACAAACCCUCUAAACCUAUUCCCAAACCACGUGUUAGUAUUCGGAAGUCAGUGGAAGAAGAAGGCAGCCAUGAGUACAUGGGAGUGUAGACACCACCAUACUUGCUGCUGUGCGACUUUGUCAAUUCGGGAUUUGCCCUGUUAGUUUAAGGAAAGCCCCUCUGCUCGAGCUGCCGUGCACGGCCAUGGUAACCCGUCUGUAUGUUUGCAUUUGUCUUAAAGCAGAUAGAUCCAUCCGAACAAAAGACUCUUGCGAAUCUUCCCUGGAUUGUUGAACCUGGACAAGAGGCCAAAAGAGGCAUUAAUACCAAGUAUGAAACUACAAUUUUCUGAUACAAAACUGUCCCCCUGUUCCUUGUUGUGCCUUGCACGCCAAGCAGUCACAGCACAGCCUUUCCUUUAUGGCAACGUUUCAAUCCAGCAGAGAGGAAGACUGCACUGUAUGAGUGGCCUUGUAACUAACAAAAAAGGCUGACAGUCAUUUCUGGUGAUCUUCUUCUUCCUGCAGCACUGACAGAAGAAUGACACUAUAUGAAGACUUUUAAAAUUACAGUCCACAAGAGGAGUGAGAAACCUUAUUUUUCAUGCAGUUCUCCCUUGUGACUCUGCCACAGUGCUUUCUUUGAUUUCUUAUUUCAGAAUUCUACUUUUUAAAGAAAAAAAAAAAAAAAACAAAAGGUCUCUAAACUAAUACUAAUGCUGCCUAUGAGUAGAGUAUUUGAUUGGGUUUUUUAUUUAAAUCUUGGCAGUUUUUAAUUGAAAUAGAACCAGAAUUAAUAAAUAGAUUAUUUGUGAAACCACUGAAUUCAUUAGUAAUUAUUGUGUUGAAUAAAGAACUCAUUAAUAAGUGAGGAGAAAUUAGGCACCCUGAUUUCUGUGUGCGCUGAUUUUAUAUGUAAUCAUUGAUGUCCUUUGAUCCUCUACAAAAAUAAGAACCUCUUGCAUUGUAGCAAAGGAUCAGAGUUUUAUGAAUGGUUAGAAAAAGGUAUUAAUAAUGCACAGAAAACAUUUAUUAGAUAUUUUUAUGGAAGAGAAGUACUAUAGGAAAACAUAUGAAUAUUUAUGGAAGGAAGCCAGAUAAAUUAUGAGAAAUAUUGUUUAUUUUAAAGUUAAGUAAAUGACUGCUAUUGCAGCAUUAUGAAAAUUAUAAGAGUUGUAGCAUCAGUGCACUGGAUGUUCUGUGUGAUCAGUCUGGAAUGAAAGUGGAAUGGUUAUUCUACUACAUCUACAUAUAGUUUAUGCAGUUCAACAUUGCUAUAGCCAUGAAUUCUACUAGUAUUUUUAAAAAAAAAUCUCAGUGGUUCUAAAAAAAGUCAAAACCAUGGCUUUUGCUAUCAAGAUUUCUGUCACAGAAAGCUUGUUUGGAGGAGUGUUGAUAAAAUUCUACUGCAAGACAUUUUCUAAAUAAAAACAGCAAGAAAAAGAAAAAAAUUCCAAAGUAAUAAAAAUGUUUUCAUGAAACAAAAUAAUUAAGCAUUUGCUUAAUAUUUGGUUAAAUAAGAUUUACUUACUUUUUCUUUAAAGUGUUUUAAUUUUUUUAAUGUCUGUGGAGUAUUUGUAUAAUACCAUGAUGUAUAUUUAUGUAGAACUGAAAUUAUAACAGUAAAAAUAUCAUUAUAGGAGAAAAAUGACAUUUUAACGUAUAUUGUUCUAUCCAGUCAAAUUGUGGAUCAUUUUGAAGUUCAUUAUAGAGAUAUUGAUAAAUUGUGUGGUUGUCUUAAUGUUUUUUUAAUUAUUAUUUCAUAUCCAGCUGAGGUUUUUCAGUUAGAAUCAUCAGUUGGUAUAUUCCAAAAAAUGGAUAAUUGAACUUGGUUUAAAACUGAUAAUUGUAUAUGGUUUAGUUCAACCUAAUCAUAGCGCUGAGUGAUGACAUCCUUUUAAUACAGUAUUCAAUUUACUUGAACAAAAUAGUUCCUUGUACAUAUUUUUGCUUAUUCACUGUUGAUAUGUACUUAGUCAACUGACAGUAAAAAAAGAAUAACCCUAAAAAUAUGGUACCAAAAGGAAAAUUGUAUAGGAGAACAGUAAAUAGUAGCCUCACUGCAACAAAUACUUAUGUAAAUAUGCUUGGGCUUCCAGUUAUAAAUUUUGUAAUUUUGUCAUUUAUUUAUAUCCUAUAAAAGCACACAAAAUAAAAGGAAGUUGUACAGUCCCAGCUUUGUGUAUCAUUUUAUCAUUGUUAAGGGAAUUCAGGGGCCUGAUGCAAAAGAUACUAAAAUCAGUGAAAGACCCCCCCUCCCAUUUCACUGGGCUUUGGAUUUUGUGCUGAGGAAACCUAGGUACUGCUGUGGAGUUUUGGUUUGCAAUACAGAUUUUGUUUAUGG